UUAUCUGGAUAAAGGCCGGCCAAUGCACAUAGAAAAAAAGUCUAGAAAAUUUAAAAUUAGUAGAUAUCCGGUUUUUGAUAGAAGGUCGAGUCUCCCAGUAAAUGGAGAAUAAUUGAGAAGCUAGAUGAUACUUUAGAUAGUAAUUGAGGAGAUUGUUUUGUAAUGAAAAACUUUGGUAACUUUCCCCGACCUCACUUCCACGACCAAUAAAUACAGUUCCCAAAUACAAGUUCCAUCUGUUACUAUAAAAUGAUUCUAAAAAUUAUUAAAGAUUAUCAAAUGAUCUUCAAAAAUUCGAUGAUAUUGAUGCAUUCCUAAAAAGUUUUCGUUCAAUGAAUAUCGAAUUAAACAGAAUACAUACAAGAAUUGAAAUUUUGGAAAAAUAUGGAGAGGAAAUUAAAAACAUUUACAAAUUUAAUGAACAAAUACAAAAUAAUUUUAAAUUAAUGUUAGAGGAAUUAAAGGAAGAAAUAAAUAAAAGAUUCAGAAUUGCUGAUAAAACAAUUCAAGGAAAUUCAAUUCGUUUGGAUAAUUUUGAACAAAUAGCUGAAGAAAUGAGAAGGUUAAAGAGAAAAGAACCAACAAUGCUAGAAUUGCAAAAAUUUGAAGAAAAAUGGAAACAAAAUAAUGAGGAUAUAAUAACGAAACUGAGAUUAUUAGAGAAUGCUUUACAUAAUAGAACAGAAAGAAUUCUUAGAUUAGAAUCAUUUAAUGCCGAUAUAAAUAAUUUUGGAGAAAAUUCAAAACGGUUAAGACAAUUUGAAAAGGAAUGGCGAUUAUUGGGAGGGAUUGAGGAAUUAAAUAAAAAAUUAAAAAAUAUUGAAUUAAAUACAAAAACAAUUAAUCUGCACGAAAAGGAAAUACAAAAAUUUAAAUUAGACAUUAUUCGACUUUCAAAUGAAAAUAAUACGAGAAUUGCGGGUAGGUUGAUUCAGAGUAAAGUUUAUUGGUAUAAUAUGUACAUAUGUACAUAUUUCCUUCUAUCAGUGAUACACAAAAUUUUAUAUGUUUGUUAUUAUUCGAAAGAUCUCGAGAUGAAGAACUUAUUCAUCUUUUUGAUCAUGAACCAGGGAUUGGCAGGGUGGGAAUAAAAAUCGGGUCGGGUUUACAAAAUUUUCCUCAGAUCGGGUAUCGGGUUUGUUUUAGAAAAGUCUGGGAUUCGGGUUUCAGAUAAACUGUAGAUAAAAGUAGAGAUACCCAAUAAAGUAGAGAUACUCAAUAAAAGUAGAGAUACCCACAUAACACAAAAUAUGAGAAUUUUUAAGAAAGG